AAUUUGACAACUCCGUCAAAAAAGGUAAACAGAAUCGCACGUUUUGUAUUCAAAGUUCUUUUUGAAUUUUGCGUGAAUUUCAACAAAAAUUAAAUGGCAUCGUCUACGGUUACCGUCAGUAGCGAUAUAGAUUUGGGAUUUGCUGAGGAAUGCGAAGAAUGGCUGUUGACCAACACUUAUUUUCCCAGCAAAAUAGGAGGACGGCCUGCAUGGUUGGAUUUAGAAAAUCUUCCCAUGCCAGAUGAAAUCAAAUGCGUGAAGUGCGGCGAAUGUCUGGUGUUCCUUUGCCAGGUAUAUGCAUCGCUGGAAUUGAGUGACGACUGCUUUCAUCGAACAAUUUAUGUGUUUGUCUGUAAAAGCAGUGCCUGUUGGGAAGUCAACUGUUCCAAAAAUGUGAUAGCGUUCCGGUGUCAACUUCCUCGCGUAAAUAAAUUUUAUCCCUUCGAGCCACCGGCUGACGAUAAACAUUUGCUCGAAACAAAAGCCAUUGUCAAUUUAUGCGCAACGUGUGGAUGUCGUGGCCCGUUCGCAUGUUCGAAAUGCAAAGGUGUAUUCUACUGUGGUGCUAGUCAUCAGAGGCUUGACUGGAAAAACGGACAUAAACAGCAAUGCAUGACCGGAAAUGAUUGUCCUAAGUCUUCAUCGACACAUCUGUUCCCUGAAUUUGAAUUGGUUCUAGAAUCGGAAGAGAGUGUUGAACCAGUCAAGGAAACCGUGGAGCAAUCCGAGUCACGUCGAAUGAAAGAAUACCAGGAAUUGAUGCAAUCCGGAACGGUAAACGAUAUGCCAGAUGUAACUGAAGGCGAUCUGAUGCCGUACGCACAAAAUGUUGAAGAUGAAGCAUUCGGCAAAUUCAAAAAACGAAUCGCUUGGAACAACGAUCAAGUGCUGAGAUACAAUCGAGCCGGUGAACCAUUGUGGAUAUCGUCGAAAAAUACGUUAAGCAAUGAACAGGUGCCGUCAUGCGAGCAAUGCCAGUCGAAGCGAGUAUUUGAAUUUCAGAUAAUGCCUCAAAUGCUGAAUCACUUGAAAGACAUUGGGUUGGAUUGGGGAGUAAUAAAUGUGUACACAUGCGAGAAGAGUUGUUCGUCAGCGGGCUACAUUCGUGAAUUUGUAUAUAAACAAGACAUUGUCCAAGAAAGUCAAUAAAACUGCGUGUUGACCGAAUAAUUGCGGUUCGUUUAAUAUU